CAAGGCAUAACCCAUCUAUAAUCAAUGCCCUUUCUGUUACUCUGACUUUUUUCCCUUCUCCUAAGAAAAAAGCUCAAGUAACAGAAAGGUACGUCCUAUUUUGCUUUCAUCUUCUUCCUAAAUCUAAUUAAGAAAAAGCUCAAGUAACAGAAAGGUUUAAUUUUUAAGCUUUCUUCUUAUUGUAAUGGCUACCCGAGUAGAUGAAAAUGCUGUUGGGGGUGCUUCGGGAGGCAAACAACCCCGGAGAUACAUCAUAUCAUCAACCACUCAAAAAACUAUCAUAGAAGAAUACCGAGUCAACCCUCGUUAUCUCAAACCUUCAACUGGUUCUUGUCAUGAUUCCUGUAAAAAUGCUACAGAUGAAUGGAUGGAAUACAAAAAUACAAGAAAUUUGGGUCCAAAAAGAAUAUACGCUAUGACAACUUCUCGUUAUCUCACACCCUCAACUGGUUCUUGUCAUGAUUUGUGUAAACAUGGUAAGAAAGAUGAAAAGAUGGAAUUAAGAACUACAAGAACAUUGGCUUCAAGAAAAAGAUCAGUCACUAAGAAUAAUCGAGUCAAAAGGACUGUAGUUUCUGUCGAGAGAAAGAAGAUAACAGAAAUAAAACCUAAACCUUCUCGAGCUCCCAAAAUCCGUGCUCCUGCUGUACCUGUUAAAGUCGGCAAGCUCCAUAACUCGCUACCUUCUAAAAAAGUUAUUAAGCCAAUCUCAGCGAACCAUUCUUCAUCUACCCUUAAAAACAAAAAAGCUACUAAGAUUACCCCCAAAAAGAGCAAUAAACAUGCGUCUCCUCGAAAGGAUCAAACCGUGAUAACAAAAACGCAGCUCAGGCUGAUGAUAGCAGAUAAGAUGCAGGAAAUGAUCUUGCAAGAAGUUGAGGCUGCAGAAAUGGGCGUUGAAGAAGAAACGAUCGAAUCUCCUGAAACCCUAACUACAACAGAAUCAACCAUCCUUCAAAAAUCCGAGGAGGUUUUGGACGAAGAACAGGUUGAAAACUCAGAGUCAUCAUCUGGAAACUGUGAAUCUUCUUCCAACGAACAGGUUGAAAACUCAGAGUCUGUGGAUGAUGAAGUUUGUGAUGAAGAACUUCUGCUAGAAGAAGAGUUUGAAUACAAUGAAGAAGGUUAUAUCUUGGAAGAAGAAGAAGGAGAGGAUGACGAAGACGAAGACGACGACGACGAUGAUGAGAAGAAAGCAAGAAGAUCUAGGGUGGUGAGAUCCGAAGGAAAAGAUGGUCCUCGUGGUGUGAAGUUCAGGAGAGGGAAAGUAUUGGAGGUCGACGGGGAUGAUGGUCUUCGGAGGCUGAAAUUUAAGGCGGGAACGGUGGUGGAUAGCGAUGAAGAGGAAGAAUCGGAGAAAGUGAAUUUGAAGCACCAAGAAGUGGGGAGGAAAGAAGCGCAGGAGUUGCUUAAUAGUGUGAUAGAGGAAACAGCGAGUAAGCUUGUGGAGGACAUGAAGACGAAGGUGGGGGCGUUGGUGGGUGCUUUUGAAACUGUGAUAUCUCGUCAAGAUGAGGCACCUGCAACUCCCUCUGAGAAAUGAGGAACGACAAAGAAAACAAUCUGAAUCUGUGCGGGAGAUUUGAAUUAAAAUCAUUAUAUAGGGUGGCUGUUGUUUUAUUUGUAAAAGGGAAGAAAUGUUUAAGAAAGGUGUAGAAAUUGCGGUAAAAUGCAAAGUGGAAAUUUUUUUCUUA